CCUUUUCUUGAUGAGCAGCUACCAUUGUUUCUCGCCGGCUACCUGGUGACAGGUGUUUAAUUAAGGAUAGUGUACCGGGUAACUUCCAUCUUCUAAAGAUAAGGAGCCUUCACACGAUCCCCUGAAGUAUAUCUGAGGUCCGAAAGAGUCCAGAUUUUGGCAUACAUGGACAUCAGAAGGAGGCUAAAUGAGGCGACUAAGCUCAUUCAGGAGAAGAUUCCUUACGGAAGUCACGUGAUCACACCCAAAAAGGAAUGGCUUCAGACAAUUCAGGAAAAGGACUGUGACGUGGUGAUGGUGAUGUCGCCCACGGCUACCGCACAAGCCAUCGGUUGGUUACAGAGCUCAAUGGAAGCUUUUCUCCCAGAGCUGAGUGUUUCUUCCAGGUAUCAGCCUAGUACCAAGUCCGUCUGUUUACAUAUAAAAGGCAAAUUUGAUGGCCUGAUGAAAGGAGCUGAGCAAAUGAGACUCAUCAAGAAAACAGCAAACGUAUUUGGAGGUGAUCUCCAGGAAGUUACCCGCAAGAAAUUCUUAAGGUUCGAGGGUUCGGAGGACAAGGAAACUUUCUUCACGACGCAGGAACGACAGAGCAUCGUUUUCUACUUUCUAAAUUCGCUCAGGACACCGUCAGAUUCUGGCUUCACUGGUGUAUUCCUCAGGCAAGAUCAGGCAGUAGUACCAAAGCUUCUGUCUAGGGGCGUCAUUAAGAAUGUCUUCCCACUUCACGAAUACGAAAAGUUGAAAGCUUUGAAGACCAAAUGGGUUCCAGGAUUCCUUAAGAGGCAGCCAAUAGAUGACAUAAAGGAUUACUUUGGGUCGCAUAUUGCAUUUUAUUUCGCCUGGCUCGGGCAUUACACGACUGCCCUUACCAUACCAGCGAUCCUGGGCAUUAUGUUCUGGAGUCUAGAACAAGAUAACAAGGGUCUGGUAGUGUUCGCCUUUCUGAACGUGGCGUGGGCGACCACUUGGCUGGAAACCUGGAAGAGGCGAAGCGCCGAAAUUGCCUAUUCGUGGGGGACAAUGGAUGCCCAUCUCAAAGUAUUCUCCGAACCAAGGCCUCAGUUCAAGGGCCCCUUAAAAUUAUGCCCCGUGACAGGAAGACAUGAUCCACAUUAUCCGAGUUGGAAGAGAAACAUCUUUCGUUAUUUCGUGUCUCUGCCAGUCAUCCUUGUCGCGUUCUACAUCAAUUUCAGGGUCAUGCUCGUCAUACUGCAGUUUCAGGACAUGAGCAAGAGUCAUCUGGAAUCGACUGCCGGUUUGUCUUGCCUCACCUUCCUACCCAAAGCCCUGAUGGCUUUACCCAUCGCCUUCUUCGACAGGUGGUUCACUAAGCUGGCGAUCUGGCUCAAUAAGAAGGAAAAUCAUCGUUCGGAGGAGGAUCAUCAGAAUCAUCUUAUUGUAAAACUUUUAGUGUUCCGCUUCAUCAAUUCGUUCCUGUCUCUCUUUUAUAUCGCCUUCUUUCUUCAGGAUUUAGCCAGGCUCAGGGAGCAAUUAGCUGCGCUUCUGGUGACCAAGCAACUCACAGGCAACUUCAAAGAAUCGGUUCUGCCUUACUUGCAAAAACGGCUCCAACUGGCUAAGUUAAGCUUCAAACUUUUCGGCGCCCUUGCGCCAUCUGGUGCGGAGCACGCAAAGAAAACAGCCAGCAAAAAGGCGAAGGAUUCUGACAUUGACAGCGACGAUGACUCGCACUAUCCUCUUCCAGAGGAAGCGGCGACCAUCCCCCCACCCCCUCCACUGGAAGGGAGGACUCUCAAGGACACGCCGAAACCUCUGGCCCCGGGAAGGAACGCCAGGUCUCUCAGACAACUUGUCCUCUGUGUUUGGGGCUCCAUCCUCUCAUGCUCUCAAACUUCAUCCAAUUUCAUGUACGAAGGGACCUUCAAGGACUACCUCGAGAUCUUCGUGCAGUUCGGGUACGUGACCUUGUUCUCCAGCGCUUUCCCUCUGGCCGCCGCCUGCGCCCUGGUCGCCAACGUCAUCGAGAUAAGAUCCGACGCCUUCAAGUUCUGCUACGUCUUCCAGAGACCUUUCGGGCAGCGUGCCCAGGGCAUCGGAGUCUGGCAGGACGCAAUGGAACUCAUGGGCGUCAUCAGCAUUAUUGUCAACUGCGCGUUGAUUGGUCUGUCAGGACAGAUUCAACAGAUUUACCCAGAUAUAACGACCAAUCAGACCAUCCUUGUAAUUGUUGUACUCGAGCAUCUCCUGAUAGCCCUCAAGUUCGGUAUAAGCUACGCCAUCCCCGACGUCCCCGAGUGGGUGGAGGUGAAUAUAGCUAGGGAGGAGUUCCUCAAACGGGAAACUUUGAAGUGCCAGUAGUUGAGGAGUGCCAGUCAUUCCAAUGAAACAAGAUGGUUUGCUUCACGAACAAGCUUAUAACAAUGUGACAGCAUGGAAAGCAAAUAUAAGAACAGUGUUAAAAACAUAAGAUUUUUAAAGUACAUGAAACAUAUAACCUUCCAGUAUUUGAUGACUUAAGCGAAGCAGACACAUUACCCACCAUCAUGAUACAGUGCUCAUAAAGAUAAUAAAAGGUAAAUAAA